UUUCUUUUUAAAGUAAAUAGUUGGAAGAGAAAUAGCAUAUGGUUUUUUCUUUUAAUAUUUUAUAUAUGUAAUAUUAAUGAAUUUAUGGCAAAGAUUUAUUUUAAACUCAAAACUCCCCUGGAGACGAAAUAGGUUUGCCAAACAGCCGCUGGCCUAUUGCCCAAUUCCUUAGGUUUUGUAAUGGAUUCCACUACAAAUUCGCAACGUAGGCCAUUUUCCAUUAAACUAUGGCCUCCUAGCGAAAGCACUCGGCUGGCACUCGUUCAACGACUGAGAAACAAUCUCACCAGCAAUUCUGUCUUUACCCAGAAGUAUGGUUCUCUUAACAAAGAAGAAGCUGAGGAGAAUGCUAAGAAAAUUGAGGAUGUAGCUUUUAACACAGCGAAUGAACAGUAUGAUAGGGAGCCUGAUGGUGAUGGAGGUGCUGCAGUGCAGCUUUAUGCCAAGGAAUGUAGUAAACUUUUGCUGGAAGUUCUUAAAAGAGGCCCUGCAGGAAAGGAGAAGGAGGAGUUGACAUUUGAGAAAGAUGCUUCAUCCGAAACUUUCUUUGAUAUAUCUAAAGGCCAACGGGCUUUUAUUGAGGCAGAGGAGGCUGAGAAUCUUCUAAGGCCAUUAAAGGAACCUGGGAAUUGUUACACCAAGAUUUGUUUUAGUAAUAGAAGCUUUGGUUUGGGAGCAGCUCAUGUUGCUGAGCCAAUUUUGGUUUCCCUCAAGAAUCAGUUGAAAGAAGCUGAUUUGUCCGACUUUAUUGCCGGAAGACCAGAGGCAGAAGCCCUUGAAAUUAUGAAUAUAUUCUCAGCUGCUUUGGAGGGUAGUGUUUUGAAGUCUCUUAACCUCUCAAACAAUGCCUUAGGUGAGAAGGGUGUUAGGGCUUUUGGUUCUCUUUUUAAAUCACAGAAUUGCCUAGAGGAGCUCUAUUUAAUGAAUGAUGGUAUUUCAGAGGAAGCUGCCAGAGCUGUCUGUGAAUUGAUUCCCUCUACAAAGAACUUGAAGGUCCUUCACUUUCAUAAUAAUAUGACAGGAAAUGAGGGUGCAUUUGCAAUUUCUGAUGUUGUGAAGCGCUCUCCUUUAUUGGAGGAUUUUCGAUGCUCCUCUACAAGGGUUGGUUCAAAAGGAGGAGUUGCCUUAUCAGAAGCACUCAAGUCUUGUACCCGUAUAAAGAAGCUUGACCUGCGAGACAACAUGUUUGGUGUAGAAGCCGGAGUUGCCCUGAGCAAAGCACUUUCAAAGCAUUUGAAUCUAGUUGAGGUUUACUUGAGUUAUCUCAACUUGGAAGAUGAGGGUGCAAUUGCGGUAGUCAAUGCUCUAAAGGAAUCGGCCCCUUCUCUUGAAGUUCUGGAAAUGGCUGGAAAUGACAUAACAGCUGAUGCUGCUCCUAGUAUAGCUGCUUGUAUAGCAGCAAAGCAGCAUCUUACGAAGUUGAACUUGGCUGAGAAUGAACUCAAGGAUGAAGGUACUAUCCAAAUAAGUAAGGCUUUGGAAGAAGGCCAUACCCUUUUAAGAGAAGUUGAUAUGAGCACCAAUUUCAUAAGAAGGGCUGGUGCUCGAAAUUUGGCUCAGGUAGUUUUUUGGAAACCUGGUUUUACGUUGUUAAACAUCAAUGGAAAUAUCAUCUCUGAUGAUGGUAUCGAUGAGGUGAAGGAAAUAUUCAAGAAGUCUCCUGACAUGCUUGGUUCCUUGGAUGAGAAUGAUCCUGAAGGAGUUGAUGAUGAUGAAGAAUCUGGAGAGGGUGAAGCUAAUGAGGAUGAAUUGGAAUCUAAAAUGAAGAAUCUUGAAGUUAGCCUAGAAGAAUAAAUUUCUCUCUUACUCUUCAUUUUAUAAAAUUCCUUAGCCUCUGCUGCUUUAGAAAUCUUCAGAACAUUAAUAAUUUGCAGAAUUCAUUGCUCAGCUGAAUUUUACCAAGCAGGGCGGUGGCUACUACUAGCAAAUAGCAGCAGAUUACCUUCUGUGGCAUUGUUCUUAUCUAUUUAUUUCGUUAGGGCAUGUUUGGAAUUGGAACUUCUAAACGUGGAGUCUUUUAUUUUGAUAGCUGUUGGCCAAUCUUUCUUGUUUAUAUAUUUUCCUCGAGCAUUGCUAAUGAUGCUUGAGAUGAGAUCUGUUCAAUUCAAA